CAGGAAUGGCGGGCCCCCUGCUGCCGCUGCUGCUGCUUCUGGCUUUGGUGCCGCUACUGAUAGCUUUUGGGAGCGACUCUCUUCCUACCCUUAGCACCCUCACAGACGAGUCCUCAGCUUCCAGCCCCCUGAUCUCUUCUCCCUCCAGCCACAGCACCCCCGGUUCAGGGGAAACCCCCAACACCUACUCCAGUGUCUUGGGUUCGGAGUCAGACUCCACGACCCACCUCAGCCCCUCAAGUUCAGGGGUGACCUCCUCGGGCCAGCCCAGCCCCAGCUCCACAGAUUCAACGGUGGCCUCCACCUCUAUGAGAUCAGAGACAGCCACCGACCCCAGCUCCGGCUCGCCCAGUUUAGAGCUCUCCCCCACUUUCCAUUCCACUGCCCCCAGUUCCACAGCCUUGACCCUGACCUGGAGUCCCACUUCCCACAGCCUGGGAAUGGAGCCCUCCUCCGUGUCCUUGGCCCCCACGGACCGGACAUCGGAGCCCUCUGGCCCAGCUACAGGUGACGCUGGGGCCCCUGAGUUACACAGGAACCCGGGCGUGGUGGUGACCGUGUGUUUGUUGCUGUCUGUUUUGCUCACCGGGUCUGUGGUCAUGGCUGUGGGGUACUGCCGCCAGCGAGACUCCGAGUUCCAGAAGCUGGAAGAGGUGUCCAUGGAAUCCGUGAGUUCAAGGUCGUCCUUUGCCCGCCCACAGCUCUCCGGAGUGAGCCUGCCGUGAGGGGAUGACGGAGACAGGGGCCUGGAUGGGGCUGGGGCCCUGGGGAGGGUGGCGCCUGAGGAAA